GACGACCUCUUGUUCCUCGUGAUACUUGCGGGUUUUUGCAUCGCCGACGUCCCCUCGGUGGGAAAUGCCAGGGGGACACUUCCCAGGGAGGAUUUCCAGGGCGUUUUUAUGCAAAAAGUGUGAGGAGGUUUUGGUGCUCCAGAGAGGUCCGGGAUCAGCUGAUAUGUCGGGGAGUCGCGGGCAUUACGAGUUACGGCAAUGCAUUUCUUCCCUUUCGCUCGCCCUCGGAGGUCGUACUCGAUGCACAGGGGAAGGUUUGGCCCAAGGGACCCUCGGGCUUCCACUGGGAGACUGACAGACGGCCGAAAUGGCUGAUCAGCAGACAGCAGAGAAGCCCGCCCCAAAGCCCGAGAGCAAAAACAAAGAGCCACAGAAAUUUGUAUAUUUACAACUCCAGCAAGACAGAACGGGCGAUGGAGGUGGUCGUGUUGCUGCACUGGUCCCUGGCCGAGGCCCAAGUGGACCUGCCCAUUUCAUACCUCUCACAGCCAAGCUAAACUCCAUUUCAGUGUUGGGGUCUGGCUCCAGGCCCUCACGCACUACUGUACCACCUCCUCGUAAUCCUACUGGUGCUGUUGUAAGUGUUGGAUCGCCACGUUCUGUUGUCGCCACCACAGUCACAGUGGCAGCCACCCGAGGCAUGGCAACCCCAGCGGUCACGGUCUCAAGUAGUAGACCGGUGACGACUGUAGCAGCCAGACCGGGAGCGGCAGCCACUGUCGUUCGCAAGACACACACUAAUGUUGUGGUUUCAUCAGGUAUGAUAUUGGUGAUUUUGUGA